CUACAGCUAGCUACAGCCCCUUGCCUCCCUCACAAAUAGAUUACUAUCAAUUAGCCGGCAGAGACCCGUAAAACCAACAGGUGUCAACAAAUCGGCUUAUCAGCAAGUGGCCCAAAUUGACUGCAAUCAGUACAUCAAUAAGCUAACACAAUGUCAAGGAACAGUGCACAGAGCAGUAGGGGAGUCACCACUACUCGAGCACUGAGCUGAAAUGCGACAAAGAGCGAAGAAUUUGUGGAAUGCAUAUGACAGCGCAGCGCUGCAGUAUGCCAUGAUAGUGUGAUAGUGGCAGAGCCGACCUGCAGAUCACUCCAGGACUGCAGCGCUCCAGCGUCCAGCAGGAGAAGGCAUGAGCCAGCCAGCGCUGGAGUCACCUGAGCAGGGAACAACGACUUCACCAUACCUCUGCUGCACAAGUUGGCAACGUCGGAGGAAGCCGAGACCCAUUCUUAUUGGUCCCGCGAUCACUUCUCUCAAUAUUACCAUCUUUCUCCGAUCAUUCGGUCAGCACGCAUUCUUCUCACUCCCACUCCAAACUCCUCGCUUGCUGCGCUCUUCUUUCUCUUUCCAGGUUAUUGUAGAAGAAGAGCUCGAAAAGACGAAGAAGAAAAACAAACAAAUAAGAUGGCCAAACUACAUCGUUCCGUGAGAGAGCUUGUAUUCAUAGCUUAGGACUGUGUUUGGUUGUAUCUUAAACUGUGCUUGUGGUGAAGGGUUAAUCAUUUUUCUCCCUGCAACAACUCUUCAGUGAUAUCAAGUUAGAUGUAGUUCAAGUGUGUUACUUUUCGAUUUCUCAGAACCUCGGUGUCGUUCUGCAACCAGAUGAAAUCUCGUGCCAUCGUAUCAAGUUCUAACCUAGAACAGCCAGUCCGUUCUUCAACGUAGCAAGCAUCGUGACCUGUGAUCUUUCUAGUUAUCGAAUACAACGCUUCAAUUGUUAUAUUAAGAUUGUGUCAAGUGAAUAUUGGAUGCAUGUGUACAAAUCAUCAAGCCAUCUUCACACAACAAGUCUCCACUCUGUGCCAUUGAAAACAUAUUGGAUUAAUCACAAUUUACUCCGAGGUGGAGGAGGAGGAGUAGAGGAGGAGUAGUGGUGCAGGCAAGAGGGACAAGUGACAGAGCAGGUUGCGGUGGCGGUGCCGGCCGCCAUGUUGAAUACCUGGCCGGCCUAGGCCCAUCUAUUUGCGGCCAUAGGAUCCCUCGCGGGCUCACGGCACCAAGGAGAGGGGGCAUGCUGCACGCACUGGCAGGAUCGCGUGCGAGCGCCCGCACAAACGCCACAGCGGCCAGUCCAUGUUGGGCGGCCGCAUAGAAAACAUCGCACAUCUCUCUCACAGUCGGUGCUGCCCCAUACUAUUGACUGUUUCGUGCGCGUUCUCUCGUUCAAUCGGUUCGAAUUGCGGUCGCCGCGGCGCGAUGUACUUAUCAAUAAUAGUUAGUCGGUAAUCGUGUUGACGGACGUGUUGAGUGUGAUAUGCGUCGGACACCGGUUUAGUGCGACGAACAUGGUGCGAAAAUAGUGCGUUUGCGGUGAUGUCGGCACUGGGCUGGCUGCUGGUGCUGCAGCUGCAGCUGGUGCUAGUGCAGCUGACAGGUGGCCAUGUGGGUGUGGGUCCCCCCGAUCAGAUGCAGUCACGGGCCGUCGACACCCGCGUCCAGCUCGAGAUCGCGGAAGGCAGGCCGCGUGGCACCCUCGUCGGUGCCAUCCCCGUCAAGCCGGGCUUCACCUAUCGUUUCAACGAGCCUCCGCGAGAAUUCAUCCUCGAUGCUCACACCGGUGACAUCCGAACGGCUGUUGUUCUCGACCGCGAGAGCUUGGCUAACGACCGAUACGAUCUGGUCGUUCUUUCCAGCCAGCCCACCUACCCCAUCGAAGUUAGAAUAGUCGUCCUCGACACCAACGACAAUGCUCCCGAGUUUCCAGAGCCUGUGAUUGCUGUCAGCUUCUCGGAAAGUGCUGCUGCUGGUACCAGACUACUGUUGGAUGCAGCCACCGAUCGUGACAUUGGUGUGAACGGUGUAUCUGAUGACUAUCGUAUUGUUGCUGGCAACAAAGAGGACAAAUUUCGAUUGGAAGUGACUGCUAACCCGAGUGGUGAAACAUCCUAUCUUCACUUACAAACCACCGGCAAGCUGGAUAGAGAAACAACAGCCAGUUACAGGCUGAACAUUUCAGCAAGAGAUGGCGGUGCUCCCACGCGUUUCGGCUACCUCCAGGUCAAUGUUACCAUCUUGGAUGUUAAUGACAAUCCUCCAAUCUUUGAUCAUAGUGACUACAGUGUAUCACUCAAUGAAAGUGUUUCUCCGGGUACCCAGGUGCUUCAGGUAAUGGCAACAGACAAUGACAUCGGUGAUAAUGCAAAAAUCACUUAUUAUUUGGCUGAUAACGAGCGUAAGUUCUCAGUAGAUCCGGAAACUGGAGUCAUUACAACAUCAGAGCCAUUGGAUUGUCCACAACAGAACUGUUUGCUAGUUGAUAGACAUUCCAAACCGAAUGGGGGUGGCUGCCCGAAAAGUUGUGUGUUUACAGUGUAUGCCAGGGAUCAUGGCACGCCUCGACAAGAUGGACGGACGUAUGUGACAGUGAAUCUUGUCGAUGCAAACGAUCAUGACCCGGUAAUUAAGUUUCGUUAUUUUCCCCCCACCGCCGAAUUCGCCACUGUUGACGAAAACGCAGCCAAUGGAUCAGUGGUGGCUGCUGUGUCUGUUAUCGAUAAGGACGAGGGCUUGAAUGGUGAAACACGAGUAGAAAUCAAGUCAGGUAACGAGAUGAAUCAUUUUAGAUUAGAAUAUAGUUUGAGUUUUGAUAUAGUGCGUGUGAAUGGAGUUCUGGAUAGAGAGCACACAAACAAGUACAAUCUUACACUAGUGGCCACGGACAGAGGAUCACCCCCGAGGACAGCCACAGCCUUCUUGAUCAUCCACGUGAACGAUGUGAACGACCACGAGCCGGUGUUCGAAAAGAGUGAGUACUCGGCCAUACUGAGCGAACUCGCCCCGACCGGCACCUACGUGGCCGGAAUAACAGCCACUGAUGAGGACUCGGGAGUCAACGCACAAAUAUAUUACGCUUUUGUCUCCGGCAACGAUCACCAGUGGUUCCAGAUCGACUCUCAUUCCGGACUUAUAACAACAAAGGCUGCUCUCGAUAGAGAAGUUCAGGGAACAGUUGAGUUGAAAAUAUCGGCUCGUGAUGGUGGACCCAAUCCAAAGUGGGCUCACACACAACUCAAAGUACUUGUACUGGAUGAGAAUGACGAAGAGCCGAGGUUCUCCCAGAGUCAAAUUAAUAUUUCUCUCUCUGAAAGUACACCACCUAAUACUCUGGUAGCAAUGUUAACAGCCACUGAUCAUGACCAGGGCACCAACGGCAGUGUGACAUACAGCCUACACAGUGAUACUCCACCAGGUGUGUUUGCUUUAGAUGCGUUGACAGGUCAGUUAACUAUUAAAACAAGACUUGAUAGAGAAAAAAUACCUCAUUAUGAAGUAAGAGUCAUUGCCAAGGAUCAAGGCAAUCCACCCCAAUCUUCAACGGCCUCUGUCUACCUCACUGUCCUUGAUGUUAAUGAUAACAACCCAGAGUUCUAUCCCCAACAAUAUUUUGUGCAAGUGAAUGAAGAAACACCUGUAGGAGCAUCAAUAGUGCAAGUGAUGGCUACUGAUUUGGACGAAGGUGAUAAUGCUCUCAUAAAGUAUGCUGUUGAAAGCGGUAGUGAAGGUAUGUUUCAAAUUGAUGAUAAAACAGGUGUAGUUACUCUAAAAGCAUCACUCAUCAACUCACAAAAACUAUUAUACAAAUUGAAAAUCUCUGCCAAAGAUAAGGGUGACAGGAAAGCAGAAGAUGAUGCAAUAGUAGAAAUAAUUAAAGAUACUCAUGUUGAAGAGUUGGAUUUCGAUUCAUAUGGCAGUUAUUCUUUCCAAAUUCAAGAGGAUCAUGAUGAUAAAAAACCGAUGAUUGGGAGAGAAGUGGGCAGGGUGCAUGUGAGAACCAUGGAUUUCCAUCAAAAUGAAAGGUACUCUAUAGUUUAUGGUGAUCCCAAACAUUACUUUAAAAUUGAUGAGAGGAGUGGUAUAAUUACAACAGCUGCAAAAAUUGAUAGAGAACAACAAUCUAGUUAUUCUUUGACAAUAUCAGCCAGGGCUGGCCUCUCUUACGGCAAGACAACAGUCACAAUCACCGUGUUGGAUGAAAAUGACAAUCCUCCAUUAUUUCCAAGAGAGAAAGACGAAGUGCACAUACCCGAAAAUGCAGCAGUUGGCCAAGAAGUAUUUUUAGCUCGAGCAAGAGAUAAGGAUGCAGGUAUAAACAGUCGUAUAAUGUAUAAGCUCAGUUCAAAUCCAGACAAUCAAUUUAGAAUAGUCGAGUCGACAGGAGUUAUUUAUCUGAACAGGCCAAUAGAAGCGGACCCUGGUGCUAUUUUAGUUUUACAAGUGACGGCUUCAGAUGCUGGGACUCCUUCUCUAUCUUCUAAACACACAGUUGUUGUUAUUGUAGAUGAUGUGAACGAUCACACACCUGUAUUCGAUCACACAUCUUAUGAAACGUCUCUAUUGGAAUCCACUCCUAUGAACGAUCGGUUUUUCAUGCUUUCUGCAAGUGAUGCCGAUUUAGGUGCUAAUGGGCGUGUGUCUUACACUAUAACAGAAGGGAAUGUUGAAGGAAAAUUUGGAGUUUUCCCAGACGGUUAUAUGUAUGUGAAGAGUCCACUGGACAGAGAGGAUCGCGACUAUUACAGUUUGUCAGUGACAGCCAGUGACGAGGGCUCUCCUGCACGCAGCUCAGUGGUGCCAGUUGUCGUGCAUGUCAUUGACGAGAAUGACAACAGGCCAGAGUUCACCAACUCAACGUUCACUUUCCGAGUCAGAGAGAACGAACCCCCUGACUCGUUUGUCGGGAAACUGACAGCAAUCGACCGCGACAUCGGCCGUAAUGCUGAACUCACAUUCUCUCUAACUAAUGGAAAAACUGAUUUUGCGAUAGAUCCGAAAAAUGGAUUUAUUAAAACACUACACGUCCUCGAUCGAGAACAUUUGCUGGAAACUACAGGACAAACCUUCCUUACACUGGAAGCCACUGUGAGUGAUAAUGGGUUCACCAGACUGAAAGAUAAGGUGAAAGUAAAUGUGCAUGUAACAGAUGUGAACGAUAAUGCACCCGAAUUUCUCCGUUUGCCUUAUAGAGUUCAGAUAUCGGAAGGGUCAAAUGUUGGUACACAAGUUAUGAGAGUUUUCACAACUGAUCUUGAUGAGGGGUUGAACGGCGACGUGUUUUAUGCGCUUAGUGGCGGAAACGAAGAGGGGAGAUUCUCAAUAGACGAAGCAACAGGUCAAGUGAUUGUUGCCAAGCCACUGGACAGGGAAACGGUGAGCAAUUACAAGUUGACAGUGACUGCGCGUGACGCCGCCCCCGAACCUAAACGAUUAUCAUCCACUGCUGAACUGAUUGUCGACAUCCUCGAUGAAAACGACAACGCCCCCGUUUUCACACAAACCGAUUCCAAAAUCUCUGUACUUGAAAAUACUACUAUCAACACAAAACUCAUACAAUUUCGCGCAUCUGAUGCCGAUCUGGGAGUCAACAGUGAGGUGGUGUUUUCAAUUACAGCUGGCAACAGAAAGGACACUUUCCAAGUGGAUUCAGCAACCGGCACUCUCUAUCUACACAAACAGUUAGACUAUGAGGAAUAUAAUUCUUAUCAGUUGAAUAUUACAGCAUACGAUGGAGGCAAUCCAAGGCUGUCCACUACAAUACUAUUUAGAGUUGAAGUUGAGGAUUGUAAUGAUAAUCCUCCUGCCUUCCCAAAUACAGCAAUAGUGAGACAAAUCAGAGAGUGUAUACCGAUCAAUACUCCUAUAGUUACUGUGACUGCUGAGGACCCGGAUUCAGGGGUGAACGGGAAGAUAACGUAUGCUAUUUUGAAGCAGGAGCCAAUCGAUCCACAUAGGCCAGGAAUGAUGCAUUUCCAGAUUAAUCCGAAAACAGGCGUGAUUCAUACCAGAUUGCCGAUUGAUAGGGAAGCUGUGGACACGUUCCGAUUGACAGUGGUGGCGACGGAUCAGGCGGUUGACGAAUCGGCUCGACUGUCGGCCGAGAAGUUGGUGACAGUGAUCGUGGAAGACGCCAACGACAAUGCGCCCAUGUUUGUGUCGAUGAACGCGGCAUUGUUGCCUGAGAGAGCCGAGGAUGGAAACCAGGUGAUGACUGUCGUCGCCAGGGACCUCGACUCCAGCACCAACGGCCUCGUCACUUACGACUUGGUAUCUGGAGGAAGUGAUCUGUUCAGACUGAACAGGAACACAGGUGUAGUGACGUUGAAGAGAACGCCCCUCGCCUCCGAGCCCAAGUUCCAAAUAGCUGUGAAAGCAACCGAUGAAGCCGUGCAGUCAGAUCGAAAGAGCACCGACACUUACAUCACAGUGCUGACUCCUGGCAGGCCGGGACCCUCGUUCAGCACGGAUACGCCCUCGGGCAGCGUCUACGAGAAUGAGCCUCCUGGCACCAGCAUCCUCACAGUGAGUGCCAAGUCGCAGGAUGGGGGUGAUGUGGAGUACUUUGUGACUAAUGUGACUGGCGUGGGGGGAGAGCAGGCUGAUCGACUGUUCGACGUCGACAUGAAGACAGGAGUCGUCUCGACGGCCGAGGUGCUCGACAGGGAGGCAGGUCGCGAGUGGUACGAGAUCGAAAUUCACGCUAUCCUCAUCAACACUGGCACGCCUAGGACUUCAAAAACUAAGGUUCGCGUGAAAAUCUUGGAUCGCAACGACAGUCCGCCGACCUUCCAGGAGAGCAGCCUGCACCUGUCGGUGUCCGAGGACAUGGCGGCCGGCCAGGAGGUGGCCGUUCUGAGGGCAACUGACCCCGACACUCCCGGACCAAUCAGCUACACGCUCGUUUCGGGCGACGAAGGGAAGUUUGAAGUCGACUCGGCCACGGGUCGGCUAAGGCUCAGAGACUCGCUCGAUCGGGAAACUAGAGACGUCUACAAGCUGCUUGUGAGGGCUAGUGAUGGAGUGCAGAGCACCGAGGCCGUUGUCACUGUACAGGUGCUGGACACCAAUGACAACGCGCCUGCGUUCGCGGAGAGUGCGUACUCGUUCGACGUGGCGGAGAACGCGGGUCGCGGGUGGCGUGUGGGUCGCGUGGAGGCGCGUGACGACGACCUGGGAGCCAACGGACUGCUGUCCUACUCGGUCGUAUCCGACUGGGCCAACGAUGUAUUCGCGCUCAAUCCCAACACCGGUGUCUUCACGCUCACUGCCAGGCUCGAUUAUGAGGAGGUGCAACAUUACAUCUUCGUGGUACAGGCUCAGGACGCGGGUCGUCCCAGUCUGUCCUCGACUCUGACCGUCUACUUCAAUGUGAUCGACCUCAAUGACAACGCACCGCUCUUUGACCCGAUGAGCUACAGCAACGAGAUGCUCGAGAGUGCUCCCCCGGGAACAUCCGUCGUUACUGUCACCGCUACCGAUCUCGAUUCUGGUGACAAUGGUCGUCUAGAGUACAGCAUAGCAUCAGGUGACGAGGAGGGUAUGUUCAGGAUAGACGCUCAUAACGGCACCAUCUACACUAGACGGGAGUUGGACAGAGAGAGUCGCAGCCUGUACAACCUCGUAGUUGUGGCCAGGGAUCAGGCUUCACCGCCACAGGCCAGCUUGUCCUCUACCGUACAGGUGUCCAUAGUGCUGAAAGACGUAAACGACGUGGCGCCUACAUUCAUCACACCAAACGAGACAUCAGUGGCCGAAAACAUGCCGGGCGGCACAGUCGUGUUGGCCGUGAAAGCAGUCGACGGCGACGAGGGUCGUAACGGUUACAUCGAGUACUCACUGCUCUCCGACCAGUACCACGGCCUCUUCUCGCUGGGACCCGUUGACGGGUUGUUGCGGGUCGUCGGCAAGCUGGACCGCGAGACACGGGCCAACUACACUCUGCGUGUGCGCGCCAAGGAUCGCGGCGACCCUCCCCUCGCCACGCAGGCCGACAUCCUGGUGCGAGUCAUCGACGAGAACGACAACAGUCCCGUCUUCGAUCCCAAGCAGUACUCGGCUUCUGUCGCCGAGAACGCCAGUAUCGGGGUGUCCGUUCUACAGAUCUCAGCGACAGACCUGGACGAGGGUCCGAACGGACGCGUGCGCUACUCAAUCGUAGCGGGCGACGACAACCGUGACUUCAGCGUAUCAGAGGACAGCGGAAUGGUGCGUGUCGCCAAGAACCUCAACUACGAACGCAAGAGUCGCUACACGCUGACCGUGAGAGCGGACGACUGUGCCGACGGCUCAGCCGCGCGACACGACACGGCACUAGUUUCGAUAUCGGUCGCAGACAUCAACGACAACCCGCCCGCGUUCCUUGACUCGCCGUAUGUCGCGUACGUCGUCGAGAACUGUCUGUCGACGCAGCGUAUCAUCCGCGUGCACGCUCAUGACGCCGACACGCAGCCGUUUAAUGGACGCGUGCGAUACUUCUUGAAGGACGGUGACGCAGAUCUGUUCCGUGUGAAUGCGUCCACUGGAGAGCUGUCGCUGCUAGCCGCGCUCGAUCGCGAGCGACAGCCGCGCUACACUCUCACCGUCGUCGCUAUGGAUACCGGAACACCGCCAUUGACUGGUUCAGGAACGGUGCACAUAAUAGUACAAGACGUCAACGAUCACAGCCCUGAGUUUGAGCGACAGAUCUAUUCAGUGACAAUAUCUGAGAAUAUGCCGAUCGGAUCAACUGUUCUCACAGCGCAGGCUACUGACAAGGAUGAAGGACUCAAUGCCAAAAUCAAGUACAGUUUACUGGGAGAUAACGUUGAGAGGUUCACAGUGGACGCUGAUCUGGGAAUAAUAGUGACUGCCGUGCAGUUGGACCGAGAGGACACAUCGGUCUACUAUCUCACUCUGAUCGCGCAGGACUGCAGUCUGACUGAACCCAGAGCCACCGCCGUCAACCUCACCAUUACAGUGGCUGACCAAAACGACAACGCCCCGCAUUUCUCCAGCAGCAAGUACACCAUUCACAUACCGGGACGUACUCAGCCUGGCCAAUUCGUUUUUGGAGCGAGAGCGGUAGAUGACGACAUAGGGAUGAACAGUCUGAUCACCUACUUCCUCGGAGGAGAGGAUGCGGCCAAAUUCACAAUCAACCAAAACACAGGCGUCAUCAAGGCGGCCGAAGCUAACGAUAACCCACCUGUGAUGGAAACUAGUCUCUACAAUCCUAUGGUGCUAGAAGAGGAACCUCCUUCACAGCAGGUUGUCACUGUUCACGCCACUGAUGCUGACUCUGGUCUCAAUGGCAAAGUCAGGUAUCGAUUGAUCAACGACGGCGAUGGAGCUUUCUCACUCGACCCCGAGACUGGCGAAAUUACCACCAAUUUCAAAUUGGAUCGUGAAGAAACACCAAGUUAUUCGCUGGUAGUUGAAGCUGUGGAUCAGGGAACACCUCAUCUGACUGGAACAUCUACGGUGCUGAUCACAGUUCUCGACAAAAACGACAAUCCACCCAGGUUCACUAGGUUAUUCAGUGUGAAUGUUACAGAAAAUGCAGAGCCAGGAUCAUUUGUCAUCCGUGUUACAAGCUCAGAUCUAGAUAUUGGAGAGAAUGCAAAUGCUACAUACAGUUUCACGGAGAAUCCAGGGAAGAAAUUUGCAAUUGAUCCGAUUGCAGGUAAUGUGACUGUGGUUGGUACUUUGGACAGAGAAACUCAGGACGAAUAUCUUCUGAAAGUAGCCGCUGUUGAUGGAAGCUGGAGGGCUGAAACUCCCAUCACAAUCACCAUACAAGAUCAAAAUGACAAUGCUCCCGAAUUCGAGCACUCGUACUACAGUUUCAACUUCCCAGAGCUACAGAGGAAUGUUGUUUUUGUUGGCCAAGUAUUAGCUACAGACAGAGACAAACAAGGUCCGAAUUCUGUGAUAUCCUACUCUCUCAAACAUCCAUCAGACCUGUUCACAGUGGACCCAGCCAGUGGCGAACUCUUCUCGAAGAGAGGACUCCGCUACAAGUACACAGCUCUCGAUUCAUCUCCAGAGAACCAGUACUCGCUCACUGUGUUGGCCACAGACAACGGCAAGCCACCCAUGUCAUCCGAGUGUCUCGUCACUGUCAACGUUGUAGAUGCUAACAACAAUGCCCCCAAAUUCGAACAGAGAGAAUACUUCUCUCCAGUGCCAGAGAAAGCAGUAACUGGCCAACAAAUCCUCAGAGUCAAAGCCAAAGAUGAAUUGGACUUCGGAAUCAAUGCUGAAGUUGAGUAUGCUAAGGUUGGAGGAAACGGAAGCGAUCUGUUCAGUAUCGGUAAGAGUAGUGGGUGGAUAUCGGUUACAAAAUCGUUUGAAGGUACUGGGAAGCUGAACAAGCAGUAUGUGCUGAAAAUUAGAGCUAUGGAUCAUGGUGUACCUCCGCAACAGGACCAGGUCACUGUUACAUUGGUGAUUACUGGUGAAAAUCGGUACAGCCCAAUUUUCACAGCAAUCAGUUAUCAAGUUAUUGUUCCGGAGAAUGAGCCAGUUGGAUCGACCAUUGUGACUGUGGCAGCAGCUGACGGUGAUGAAGGACCCAACGGAAUGGUGCGCUACUCAAUAUCCAGUGGCAAUGAUCAGAAACACUUCAUGAUAAAUCCAGUUACUGGAGCUGUAUCGAUUCUUCAAGAACUAGAUUUCGAUACAGUUCAUGAGUACAAACUCAACAUUACCGCUACUGAUCUGGGAUUCGAGCCUCGUCACACCAAAGCCACUCUCACGGUUACACUCACUGACAUCAAUGACAAUGCGCCAUCUUUCAAUCAAACAGUCUACGAAGCUUACAUACCAGAAAACUCACCACCAAAAACGUUUGUAUACCAAGUCAAAGCAGAAGAUAUUGAUUCACCAAAGAACGCCAUCAUACAAUAUUCGAUUGUUGGUGGUAGUGGGAAGGAUAUGUUCUCAAUUGAAAUGAAAACUGGGAUCAUUUACUCCAAAGCCAAAUUCGAUUAUGAGGAACGACAAUCGUACACUGUUGAUAUACUAGCUGUCAACCCUGAUUCACCAAUGUAUGGUUCCUCGAAGGUAGUUGUACAUGUUACAGGAGUCAAUGAAUACUACCCACGGUUUGUUCAACCUGUGUUUCAUUUCGAUGUUUCUGAAUCGGCUGAAGUUGGAACUAGUGUUGGAAUGAUACAAGCAACAGAUCAAGAUGCUGGUGACGAAGGCAAAGUGUAUUAUCUGUUUGUGGGAUCUAGUAACGAUAGAGGUUUCUCAGUUACUUCAGAAACAGGAAUUAUUGCCGUGUCAAGGCGGUUAGAUAGGGAGACCCAGAACAGGGUCGUUCUCACAGUUAUGGCGAAGAAUGCUGGUGGGAUACGUGGCAAUGAUACUGAUGAAGCACAAGUGAUUGUAUCCAUACAAGACGGCAACGACCCUCCUGAAUUCCUCGAGAAAGUGUACGAAGCAGAAGUGUCUGAAGCUGCAGCGAUUGGAACGAAAUUGGUGGUUGUCCAAGCUCAGGAUAAGGACGUCCGUCCUCAGAACAAUCAGUUCAGUUACUCUAUAAUCGGAGGAAACAACGAGAAGACAUUCAAGAUCGAUCCUCAGAGCGGAGAAAUUGAAACCACGCUGCAACUAGACCGGGAGACAAUACCGAUGUACACGCUGACUGUGGGUGCUAUCGAUACGGGAACUCCUCCUGAAACGGGAUCGACGAUUGUGAAGAUAACAGUUACUGAUAUCAAUGAUAAUGGACCAGUGUUUGAUCCCCCGAAUGUGGUUGGGUAUGUGACGGAGAACGAGCCACCCAACACUAGUGUGAUGACUCUGAGCGCCACUGACCCAGACCUGCCUCCGAAUGGAGCCCCGUUCACGUAUCGCCUGGUCGGCGGCAAGCAACAGGAUCUGGUCACCAUUGAGAACAACACCGGUGUGGUGCGAACACGGACCAGCAUUGACAGGGAGUCCACGCCACAUCUCGACAUAUUGGUUGAAAUAGAAGACAGCGGCAAGCCAGCACUGAGAUCUCGUCACCCAGUCUCCAUAGUAGUGUUGGACCAGAACGAUACGCCGUCGACACCUCGCUCGGUUCACAUCCUGGUGCACGCCUUCAACGACAUGUUCCCGAUCGGCAAAAUCGCCGACGUCCAUCCGAACGACGCCGACACGUCGGGCGACUACCAGUGCAAACUAGUCAGUCAACCGAGCAUGCGCGCUCGCGUCUUCUCCAUCCCUUCCAGCUGCAACCUGCACAUAUCACAGGUGGCGGUCGGCACCGGUUACUCCAUGAGUGUCCUGGGCAAUGACGGACGUCACCCUGACGUCACCUCCACCGUCACCGUCGAGAUGCAGACUUUCGACAACUCUACCGUCGACAACAGCAUCACUGUCCGCGUAGAAAACACCACCGCACAAAAGUUCCUCACACACUUCUACAAAGGAUUCACAGAUCUGCUCAAAACCACUUUCAACGUAGGAGAUCUGCCUUACUUGUACGGCAUGAACGAGAAAGACAGCGGACUAGAGAUCACAAUUGCUGUGAAAGGUGUCAAGGGUUACCAGAACAAAGCUCAUCUCCUCGAUGUGCUCACUAGAAAACAGGACGCUUUACAACAGUUGCUACAAACCUCAUUGAUCACCGUGGGAUAUUCCCCCUGUCAAAACCCGAUCUGUGAAAACGGUGGAUCGUGCAGUGAGAAUAUCAAUGUGUUUGAAGAGACAAGAAUCACAGACAGUCAAACGUUGAUAUUCACAUCUCCGUUGGUUGCACAUGAUUUCCAUUGUAGAUGUAUUGAAGGAUUCACCGGUAAGAGAUGUGAGAGGCGACAAGAUCCAUGCUCUCCGAAUCCUUGUAAAGCAGGUGGCUCAUGUAGGAGACAGGGUUACGACUUCCAGUGUAUCUGUCCACCGGCAAGGGAAGGUCGACUGUGUGAGUCGGAGAAGGGAGAUGCUUGUGAUGGAAAUCCAUGCCGAAACGGUGGGUCGUGUCGAGAGAGCCCAGAUGGCUCCAGUUUCUUCUGCCUGUGCAGACCAGGAUACCGCGGCAACCAUUGUGAAACGAUAGCGGACUCAUGUCGUCCCAACCCUUGCCUGAACGGAGGCCUGUGUGUCAGUUUGAAACCAGGCUACCGAUGCAGCUGCACAGACUCCAGACAUGGCCGACACUGCGAGAAAUCGACGUUCGGCUUUAAGGAGCUUUCCUACAUGACAUUUCCGCCUCUUGACGCUAGCACAAACGAUAUUUCUAUGAUUUUCGCCACAACUAAACCAGACGCUCUGCUUGUAUACAACUUCGGCGCGCAGACUGGUGGGAGAUCGGACUUUGUUGCAAUUGAAUUAGUAAACGGGAGAGCGGUGUUUUCGUAUGGAGGAGCGAGGACAGCGAUUACGUCGGUGACUGUUGGAGGCAACACUGAGGACCAGUCGCUGGCCAACGGAGAGUGGCACAAGAUCACAGCCACCCGCAACGGACGUGUCAUCUCGCUGAGUGUUGCGCUCUGCACGGAGAAUGGGGACGUGUGCCACGAGUGCCGGCCUGGUGAUAAACAGUGCUAUGCUGACGAUAUUGGACCUGCAGGGACUCUGAACUUCAACAACCAACCGAUGUUCGUGGGAGGCCUGAUGUCGGCCGAUCCGAUCCUAGAGCGACCCGGUCAGGUGAGCUCGGACGACCUGGUCGGCUGCGUGCACAGUCUAGCCGUCAACGGCCGACCACUCAACCUGACCAACCCACUGCGGUCCCGUGGGAUCGACGCCACCUGCGGCCGAUCGUCCCGGAGUCCCUGCGCCGCCUCUCCGUCUACUUUCUCCUCACCCGACAUCACCGAAUCGACAUCCGUCUCGACACAGAGCUCCCAGUGUGGCAUCGCCGGCGUCUGCUACAACCGCUGGAAGAGCGUGUCCUGCAUGUGUGAAAGCUCCAACCUCAUCUCGCCGAAUUGUUUCGAGGCCUUGGAGCCGGUCACUCUCACUGAUGGAGGCUUCAUAGAGUUCAAGAUAUCUGAAACGCAUAGACGAAUGCAGCUGCUGGACACACUGUAUGGGGGUUCGACUCUGUGGCGGCUGAGGAACGAGGUCCCGAAAGUGAAGAGGUUCGCGACUACUGGAUCGUCUCUGGCCAACCUCGCCGGCAAUCAGCCUCCCAAGAAGAUCAGCCUCAUGUUCAGAACACUCAGGACAAGUGGUCUCAUAUUUUUUGCCGCCACUAAUAAAGACUACACCUCAUUAGAACUGGUUGGAGGCUACCUAGUCUAUGUGUCGCAGUUGAGCUCAGCAGGAUCACCGGUGAACAUGACCGUCAAUGAGAAGGGACUCCUGUCGGACAACCAGUGGCACAAUCUGACCAUGAUCUCGCACAACAGAGGGCUGCGCCUGAUGCUUGAUGGAGACCGGGUUGGCGAGGAGCUCGACUCAGCCGGUGUUCACGACUUCCUCGACCCCUACUUGACUGAUCUGUUCCUGGGUGGUGUUCGUAGAGACACCAUUCGGGGUGGUGAUACACUUCCAUCAGGUUUUUCAGGCUGCCUUGCGAAUUUCACAGUUAACGACGAGGUGCAACCGAUGAAUGGGUCUGGAAGCAUAUUCUGGGAUAGCAUUCAGUAUGGAAAAGUUUCGCCUGGAUGCACAGGUCCAAUCGGUAUCGACACAGCAGCCAGCACCACCGAUCCACUCUCAAUAGGCAUAUCACUGGUUCUAGUCUUCUUCGUGAUUCUGCUGGUGGCGAUUCUCAUCAGCUUCGUGGUUUUCCGACUGCGCAAACAGAAGAAAGAGAAGAGUGGUGGUGGGGGAAAUCACACAAAGCAGAACGGGGGGACGACUCUGGUGGCGGGGGGAUUGACCAAUGACGGCGGUCGGACGGGAAUGCAUCCGGAAAAUACGGUCCCCAGCUUCAUGACCGACAACGGUGACGUCAUCAGAGGUGUCGGCGGUCAUCAUCUGGUUGGGCCUGAGCUCAUAUCAAAGAGGUACAAAGACUCGGAGGUGGUGGGGGGUGAGCACCAGCGACCACAGCGACCGGACAUAAUCGAGCGCGAAGUGGUGUCCAAGUCACCCCUGCCUCGCGACGAUCCGCACCAUCCGCCUCUGCCGCUGCAGCAUCACUCGCACGACCCGCAGUCGCCGUCUGCCGUCAUGGGCGUGCCGCAGUCGCCGUCUGCGGUCAUCGGCGUCGACUCCGAACUGAUGCCCGAGCACUACGACCUCGAAAACGCAUCCUCCAUCGCUCCCUCCGACAUCGACAUUGUAUAUCACUAUAAAGGUUACCGAGAAGGAGCGAACCUCAGAAAGUACAAAGCGCCCGUGCCGCACCUGACGGGUGUGCCGGCGUCGCACAAGCACGGCGUCACACAGUCGCAGUCGCAGCAGCCGCAACCGCAGCAUCGGCACUCGCCGCACCACGGCCCCCUGCCCUCGCCCUGCCCCCGGCCGCCGCCCCCCAACAGCCCCCCGCACCAGAGCACGCCCCUCGCCAGGCUCAGUCCCAGCAGCGAGCUGUCGCAGGGCAUCACACGAAUUCUCACGUUACAAGACAUAAGUGGGAAGCCACUGCAGUCAGCACUACUGGCGACAACGUCAUCCUCAGGGGGAGUGGGCAAGGAUGUGCUACACAGCAACAGCGAGCGAAGCCUCAACAGUCCGGUCAUGAGUCGGCUGAGCGGCCAGAGCUCGUCGGCCAGUCGCAAGACGCCAAACGCGGGGCAAGAUGUGGGCAACAUCGGCCUCACCUCCAACGGGGGUAUGCCCAUCAACGGGGGCAUGCCCAUGGGCCUCACGGCCGAGGAGAUCGACCGCCUCAACGUGCGUCCGCGAACCUCUAGUCUGGUCAGCACACUCGACGCGGUGUCGAGCUCUAGCGGCCGCGGAGUCAACCAGGAGAGUCACCGACUCCACGGAGCCGUGAACGGAGGCGGUGACCACAGCUCCACCACAACCGACGAGAGCGGAAACGACUCGUUCACCUGUUCCGAGAUAGAGUACGAUAAUAACAGUGUGACGGGUGAGAAACUCAGUGACGUCAUCUUCACGAAACUCAGCAACGACGACGAACGGUCGUCGCGGACACGGAACAGCGACACGGGCACCCCCGACAAACCUCCCCCACCACCCACCUCCUACGACGGGUUCGACUCGUCGUUCCGCGGCUCCCUCAGCACGCUAGUGCCAUCAGACGACGACCUGUCGCACGUAGGUGGCCCGCUGUAUCGGCCGCAGAACGGGUCGCCGUCAUCACUUCCGGCCGCUGACAGCUGGAACUACCUGCUCGACUGGGGUCCCGACUUCGAGAGCCUGGUCGGUGUGUUCAACGAUAUCGCUGAACUGCCAGACUCGGUGAAUGGCCGCGUGCCAGCUUCGCUCAGACUCCCCAAUGGCGCGACCAAACCAUCCGAGGAGUACGUCUGACAAUACUCGAGUAAUAAUAACGUACGUCUCUUAGUGAGUAGGCCUACACGCUUCUAGUUCAUUCUUAUAUCAAGUCUUAUAUAAAUUGGAAAUUUAAUUAAGUAUUCACACAGAAAAGUUAACAAACUAAAAAUAUGUUGCAUGACUGAGUUAGAUAUUGUUGAUUCCUUGAUUUUAAUUCUCAUCCCAAAGAUCAAUUACUGUCGUGGAAUUGGAAUUUUUCCACAUCCAUGUUGAUGAAAAUAAUUAAAUCUCAAAUAUGUUGUAAAAUUAGUAAAUAGAUUAAAUGAAGAGUGAAAGGAGCAAUAAUCAUAAGGAAUUAUGCAAUAAUGAGAUUCAUCCAUUUGUUCAACUCAGAGAAAUAGUUCAUUCCUAUUGUUGAGGGGUUAUGUCAAGUCUUAAUAUAGAUUCUAAAAAUAUUCACAUACUUUACUCAGAACCGUUAUCAAAUUUCUUCACACUGAAAAGGUGUUUUACUGAAAAGAUGUAUGAAUAACAUAA